AUGGUGCUCAAGUUUUGCAGUCCCCCCUGGAGCGAUGAGCCUGCCGCUGGAUCGCCUAGCAACCACGAUUCAGAGGAGGGCCGCACUACUGCAGAGGGCCAGCGAUCGGGUGCUGAGCGAGCGUGGGAUGAACUGCUGACUGCCGCUUUUCGCGCUAAGCAAAGUGACGACUCGCAUCGAUGGGAGAAGGAGUUUAGUGUCUUCUUCGACGACAGCAAACCUGUGGGUCUGGGCUUCCAGCCUGCUGCAAAAAGCAACAAGUUUAGCCUCGUGCCCGCCGAAAGCUACACCUGUGUGGUUCGAGAUGUGGCACCUGUGGGGCUUGCUGCAGAUUACAAUGCGCGGUGCCGAGCUGCAGGGGACUACUCACGCAUCAUCGUCGACCAACUGCGAGUGCGCGGAGUGAACGGGCAGGACGUCGCCAACGUAGCUUACGCUGAUGUUCUUCAGAUGUGGGUGCAUUAUCUGUAA